UGUAGGUCAUUCAAAGCCAGGUGUCUGAUUGGCCUCCGAUGGUUCUUCUCAGUCCUGAUAGAAUAAUUUUCCCGUUCAUUCUGCUUCCAGUCGUCCAUUUUCCCUAGCAAGGAGAGUGCCAAGCUUGAGGGCUGAUGGCGGGAGUGGCAGCGGCUAACGGCUUCCCUGUGCUCAAUUUGCAGGCUUACCUCGAGGGGAAAACUGUAUUGGAGACGAGGGCGUUGGUUGCUGAUCUUUGCAGGCAGUUCUACACACUUGGCUGGGUCUCUGGCACCGGCGGCAGCAUCACCAUCAAGGUACACGACGAUUCUAUUCCCAAGCCUGACCAGCUCAUCGUCAUGUCUCCCUCCGGCGUUCAGAAGGAGAGGAUGAUCUCUGAAGACAUGUAUGUGCUUUCCAGUGGUGGCGAGGUGCUGUCCAAACCUUGCCCCAAAUCCUACCCUCAUAAGACGCCCAAAUGUUCGGACUGCGCUCCUCUCUUCAUGAAGGCCUAUCAAAUGUGCAAUGCUGGGGCUGUUAUUCAUAGUCAUGGGAUGGAGUCAUGUCUAGUAACAAUGAUAAAUCCCCUCUCAAAUGAGUUUCGUAUAGCUCACAUGGAGAUGAUAAAAGGAAUUUUUGGACAUGGUUAUUAUGAUGAGCUUGUAAUUCCAAUAAUUGAGAAUACUGCUUAUGAAAGGGAGCUCACAAAAUCAUUAAGUGAAGCUAUUUCAGCAUAUCCAAAGACAACAGCUGUGCUUGUGCGGAAUCAUGGUAUAUACGUCUGGGGAGAUUCUUGGAUAAGUGCCAAGACUCAGGCAGAGUGUUAUCAUUAUCUAUUUGAUGCUGCAAUUAAGCUCCAUCAGUUGGGAAUUGAUUGGACAAGUCCUAGCCACGGUUUUAUUAAAAAUGAAUCAUAUCAGAGAGUAAGCAAAAGGAAGUUUGAAGUUUAUGCAAAUGCAGGACUUGCUUUUCAAGCUUCUAAACCAUCAAGGAAAUGCAUUGUACUUGACAUUGAGGGGACAACAACGCCAAUAUCUUUUGUUACAGAAAUUCUUUUUCCCUAUGCGCGUGAUAAUGUGCGGAAGCAUUUGAUAUCUACAUAUGACACCAUAGAGACCAAAGAUGACAUUGAACUAUUGCGUGCUCAAGUUCUGGAUGAUUUGGAGAAGGGUAUUUUAGGUUGUACACCCAUUCCACCUGAUGAUGCUGGGAAAGAAGAAGUGAUCGAGUCCUUGGUAGUCAAUGUUGAGGCAAUGAUAAAAGCUGAUAGAAAAAUCACAGCACUAAAACAGUUGCAGGGACAUAUAUGGAGAACUGGCUAUGAUAAUAAUGAAUUGCAAGGCGUUGUUUUUAAUGAUGUUCCUGAAGCUCUUGAAAGAUGGCAUGAUGGUGGCAUCAAGAUUUACAUAUAUUCCAGUGGGAGUAGAGAGGCUCAAAGGCUUAUCUUCAGAAAUACUGUACACGGGGACUUGAGAAAGUAUUUAUGUGGUUUUUUUGACACUACAAUCGGGAACAAACGAGAUGCAAAAAGCUACUGUGAGAUAUCUCAAUCUGUUGGAGUAGAUAAGCCAUCAGAAAUCUUAUUUAUAACAGAUGUUUAUCAAGAAGCUGUUGCUGCGAAGGCUGCAGGCCUUGAAGCGAUAAUUUCGAUUCGCCCAGGAAAUGCACCUCUCUCAGAGAAUCAUGAAUUUAAGACCAUCACAUCCUUCGCUGAAAUUUGAUGUAUUUCCACUGGAAAACAUGGUCUAGAAAAAUGGCAAAAUACUUGUUUGAGCUGUAAUCUGUAAUAUAGGAGCUUUCUAUAACUAUAUAAUAUCUCUCUCCGACAGCUCCUUUCAUCGUAUGGCCAUCACAAGAGUUGAGAUUGCCUUUCUCAAUUCAAGUUUGAACAAGUUAAUUUUAGCUCAUGUGAACUUUGAUUUGAAUCAUGAUCAGAUUUUUCAGUUGAGUUUGAA